GUUAUUUCCAGGAUUUGUUGAACAAGUCAGAAAAGGCCCUUUAUGAUGCUUUUCCAAGCAUGUAUGGAGAAUUGUACACUCAAAACACGAAGGUCUUCAAGGACUUGUACAGUGAGCUACGCCGCUAUUACCGGGGCUCCAACAUCAAUUUGGAAGAGGCCCUCAAUGAGUUCUGGACACGCUUGCUGGAGCGGCUUUUCAAGCUGAUGAAUCCCCAAUACCAUAUCACAGAUGAGUACCUGGACUGCAUGGUUAAACAUGCGGAGCAGCACAAACCCUUUGGGGAAGUUCCCAGGGACCUGAAGGUGAAGGCAACCCGAGCCUUCAUCGCAGCACGCUCCUACGCACAGGGCUUUCUUGUGGGCAGUGAUGUCGUCAAAAAGGUGUCUCAGGUAUCUCUCAGCCAUGAGUGCACUCGCGCCAUCAUGAAGCUGAUGUACUGCCCUCACUGCCGGGGCAUGUCCAGCGUGAAGCCAUGCAACAACUACUGCCUGAACGUCGUGAAAGGCUGCCUGGCUAACCAAGCAGACCUGAACACCGAGUGGAAGUACCUGAUGGAUUCCCUGGUCAUAGUGGCUGAUCGGAUUGAUGGUCCAUACAACGUAGACACUGUAAUAGGGACCAUUCACAUGAGGAUUGCUGAAGCUAUUUCUAAUUUGCAAGAAAACAAAGAUUCAUUCACAGCCAAGGUUUUCCAAGGCUGUGGAAACCCAAAAAUCAGCACAAAAGGCUCCAGCAGCGAGGACAAGAAAAGGCGGGGAAAAGUCACAUUGGAAGCAAAAUCCUCUGCGCAGGCACUGGAGUUGGUGGUUUUAGAUGCCAAAGGGAAUCUGACAGCUCUCAAGACUUACUGGAUCACUCUGCCCAGCAGCCUGUGCAGCAAAAAAGUAAUGGCCAGCUCAGCAGCAGAUGAAAAGUGUUGGAAUGGGAUGACCAAGGGCAGUUACCUGCCCGAAGUGAUGGGGGACGGCUUAGCUAAUCAGAUUAACAACCCAGAGGUGGAGGUAGACAUCACCAAACCAGAUAUGACCAUUCGCCAGCAAAUCAUGCAGCUAAAGAUCAUGACAAACCGGCUGGGCAAUGCUAACAUCGGGAAUGAUGUGGAUUUCCAAGAUGCGAGUGACGACAUGAGCGGCUCCGGGAGUGGUGACAGCUGUCCUGAUGAUGUCUGUGGCAAAAGACUUUCUAAGAGCCCCAGCACCAGGCAGCCAGAAACGCACGCUAUUCCUAAGCAGUCUGGACAUGGCAUCAGUGGGGCCAGCAGCAGAUCUUUGCCUUCUGCCUUCCUCCUCCUCCUUUCAGUGGCUUUCAUUGCCACGCAGCACUUGUGGCGGUAACUCACUAAGCACAGCCAGGAAAGAGACUGCGGCCAAGGGCUUCACUUUGCCAAAACCAACCAACCAACCAACCAAAGGACAUAUUUAAUUCACCUUGGCAAAAAAAAAAAAAAAAAGAGGGAGGAGAAAAA